UUGGUCACGUGAUUCAGGCGUGGUCUAUCCAGUUUCCUUUUUGUGAGACAAGCAGCCGGUGAAGGCGUCUUGUUAGGAAAAGCACAGCAACAAAAUGUCUUUCGAUCUGGCGUCAGCUUUAGGUGGGGGGGAAGAGGACGUGAAGAAGGAGGAAGCUCAGAAGGAUGAGAUUAAGUUGCCCUGGAAGAAGGACAAGGAUAAGGGAGACUGCAAGGACAAGUCCGACUCAACACACAAGUCUGACAAAGAUCACAAGUCUGACAAAGAUCACAAGUCUGAUAAAGAUCACAAGUCUGAUAAAAAGCACACGUCCGACAAAGACGACAAGUCUCACAAAUCCCAUAAAUCUGACAAUAAGCACAAGUCUCACAAAAAGCACAAGGACAAGCACGACAAAGACCACAAGAAGAAGGACAAGAAGAAGGAAAGGAAGGAGGGAAGUUCAUCAAGCUCCUCGUCUUCAUCCUCCAGCAGUGAUGAAGAGUAAAUGCCAGCUGAUCUGAAACCCAGGAUUGUUCAUCCAACAGCUAAGGAUUGAUGCUCCCUGAGGGACCGGACCUCUCUGUCAGUCUCUUGUGAUUUGAACUAAAUGAAUGUGUGUCUUAAAGUGUGCAGCAGUACCAACCUUCCUUUGUGUCUUUUCAUUGAUGUCACUGAAACAUGCUGGUGUUGUGUAAACUAAUCUGCUGAUUGAUUGAAGUAAAUGUUUUAACAAAAAAA